CCUGGACUUGGCCGCCAGGCCGCCUCGGGUGCUCCCUGAAACCGCUGCUGAUGAAGACCUGCCUGCCUUUUCUUCCCCUUCUUGGAUCUGUGUAGAUCAAGGAGAAGACCCCAUUCGUAGCGGUGAUCGCGGCCUCCAUCCAUCUCAACAAGACCUCUAUGAGAUGUCAGCAGCCGACAAACACAGCGGCUCACCGAAGUGUUGGCUGCCGCUGGAGGCCGACCCCUCUCUGCUGACAGAGUACAUUCAGCUCUUGGGAGGCCCGGCUGUCAGGUGCGUCGAUGUGCUGUCGACUGACGAGUGGGCUCUCCAGCUGAUCCCCCGGCCAGUGCACGCCCUCCUCCUGGCAUUCCCCACCGACGGCAGCCGACAGGACACCCCAGCAGCGGCCGCCACGGAGGAUAAUGGUGAUCAGAAGGUCUGGUUCUCUCGGCAGACCAUCGGCGGUGCGUGCGGCACCAUGGCGGUCCUUCACGCGAUGGCCAAUCUGACGCACCGGCUGUCUGUGGCCAAUGGCGGCUUCCUGGAGAGGUUCCUCGCCCACACGGCCAAUCUCUCCCCUCAGCAACGCGCCGAGGCCAUUGAGAAAUCAGCCGAGUUGGCGCGGCUGCACACGAGUGUUGAGGAGAGGGGCCAGUCGACUUUGCCCGAGAGGGGUCAGCGAGUGGGGACGCACUACGCGGCUUUUGUGGCGGUCGGCGGCACUCUUUAUGAGCUGGAUGGACGCAAGAGUGGGCCUGUAGAUCACGGCGAGACGAACGAGGAGGGGUUUCUGCGUGAUUGUGUGGCGGUGGCGAGGGGGCUGAUGGCCAGGCGGCCCGACGAGAUGCGAUUUGCUAUGAUCGCCGUCGUGCCUGCCGACCAGUGCGCUCAGCCAGACAGCAAGGAAUGAUUAUGAUUGCCGUGUUGAUAUCCUUGGGUAGCCGACCUUUCAUGCGGACAUCCCUAGGUAAUGCACAAAUGUCUGUCAAGUAAAGUGUGC